ACACGUUUUCACACACGCUUAAAAAAAUAAAUAAAUAAAUUGUUAUUUAUAAAUUAAAAAAGGAUUAUGUAUCUAUGAUUUCAAUUAACGACUUUUAAUAAUUAAUUAUUAAAUAAAUAAAUAAUUUUAUAUUUAAAUAACUGUAAUUCAAAAUGGCUGUUUUUAUAUUAAGAAAAGUUUUAAAAAGUCAACUUGCAAACCAGAUGAUGACAGUUUCAAGGUAUUCACAAUUUGCAGAUUUAUAUACACCAGAUUAUUUGGAACUUAUGAAACCAAAAAUACCUCUUUAUCCAACAAUUAAUAUCCAAGUUAAAGGAUAUAAUUUUCCAGUGUUGGAACAAUUUCAAAAGUUGGUUCAUCAGCUAGCUGAAAAUAUGGAUAUUGAUGUUGAAAACAGCUAUGCUUUGCCAGGUAAAAGUCUUAAAAUAAAAAAAUACAAACUAGGAAGCUCAGUUUUAGAUGCUGAAUAUAAACUUGAAAUAUACGAGAGAAAUAUACAAAUAAGUCAUAUGUCAACUCCAAAAUUACCAAUAUUAAUACGAAUGAUGGAGGCAGCAUUACCAGAAGGUGUCACAAUGACUGUUGAUGAAUGGACAUUUGAAAAAGACGAAUUACGUUAUGUUCCUGAUAAAGAAUUAAUGGAUCUUAAAGUAGAACUUGAAGGAAUGCAACGUAAAAAAUCAUAAUGAUAUUUAUUUAAAUUUAAGUAAAAAAUUUUUAAAUAUAAAAUAUAAAAUUUGUCAAUUAAAAUGAUAAAUUAUC